CUGUGGUAGUUGAGCUAUCUAUCCUUCCUCGGAACUACCCGCCAUUAAUUCAACACUCUCCUCUUUCUUCUAGUUAUUGCUAUAUUAGCUCUCCAUUCUCUCAUCUAAUUCCUCACAUCUUUUCUCAAGCUAAAUUUUCAUUUUGGGGUGAUUUUUGUUAUGGAUAAGGAUAGUAUACAGAUGGAUAAAGAGAGGCUGACGGCGGAGAUGGCAUUCAAAGAUUCUUCCUCCGCCGUCAUCAAAAUACGGAAAAGGUUACCGGAUUUCUUGCAAUCUGUAAAGCUUAAGUAUGUGAAGUUAGGCUAUGGUUAUUCAUGUAACCCCGCCACUAUUCUCAUGGUGGUUUUGAUCUUACCACUUUUCUUUGCCACCCUGGUUCAGUUCAUCGAUCUUAAGUUGGACCGGGUUUUCGAGUUAUGGACCAACCAAGCCCUUCGACUUGAGAGCAUUGAUGCUGCUACAAGACUAGCUGGUUCAUUGGUCUUAUUCUUCUUCUUUGCUCUCUACUUAGCUAAACGAUCCAGGCCGGUUUACCUUGUUGAUUUCGCUUGUUACAAACCUGAAAAUGAUGAUCGUAAAAUGUCGGUCCAUUCGUUCCUCAAGAUGACUGAAGAUACCGGAGCAUUCACGGAGGACACGCUUCAAUUUCAAAGACGUGUGUCAACCCGGUCUGGCCUAGGGGACGAGACGUAUUUCCCAAGAGGAAUAACAUCUAGACCGCCAAAUCUAUCCAUGGAAGAAGCUCGAGCUGAAGCAGAAGCUGUCAUUUUUGGAGCACUAGACUCGCUUUUUGUGAAAACCGGAGUCAACCCAAAGGAUGUAGGCAUCCUAAUCGUUAAUUGCAGCUUAUUUAACCCAACUCCAUCUCUCUCAGCCAUGAUAGUGAACCAUUACAAGCUACGUACCAAUAUCAACAGCUACAACCUUGGAGGAAUGGGUUGCAGCGCCGGGCUUAUAUCGAUCGAGCUCGCCCAAAGCCUCCUCCAGGCCAAUCCCAACACGUACGCCGUGGUGGUAAGCACCGAGAACAUAACGCUGAAUUGGUAUUUCGGAAACGACAGGUCCAUGUUGCUAAGCAACUGCAUAUUCCGCAUGGGGGGAGCCGCCGUGCUGUUGUCGAACAAGGCACGAGACAAGGAUGUGUCCAAGUACCAACUCGUCCACUUGGUCCGAACCCAUAAAGGCGCGGAUGACAAACACUACAACUGCGUUUACCAAAGAGAGGAUGACAAAGGAACCGUCGGCGUUUCAUUGGCUCGUGAACUAAUGGCCGUGGCUGGAGAAGCACUGAAAACCAAUAUCACCACUUUGGGUCCCCUUGUUUUACCAUUCACAGAGCAGUUGAUGUUCUUCGUUACCCUCGUCCGAAAGAAGAUUUUCAAAGCCAAAGUUAAGCCUUAUAUACCCGAUUUCAAGCUUGCUUUCGAGCAUUUUUGUAUCCAUGCGGGUGGAAGGGCCGUUUUGGACGAAAUACAGAAGAAUUUGCGGCUAACAGAUUGGCAUAUGGAGCCUUCAAGGAUGACUCUACAUAGAUUUGGAAACACUUCAAGUAGCUCAUUGUGGUAUGAAUUGGCUUACAUGGAGGCUAAGGGUCGGGUCUCAGGUGGAGACAGGGUAUGGCAGAUUGCAUUCGGGUCGGGUUUCAAAUGUAACAGUGCUGUUUGGAGAGCUCUUAGCUCGAGUCCCAUGAAAGAGUUAGGGGGUAACCCUUGGAAGGGUGAAAUUGAUAAGCAACCGGUCAAGGUUCCCAUUGCUUGAUGUCUCAAUCUCCAAUUUUCGCUGCAAAU